AUGAAUCAACACCUGCAUUCACCUACCAAACUUACCGAAUUCGCCAGAGACUUCGAAGAGGAAGAACCUGAAUCUUUACUCGGUCGUUUUGUAAACAAAAUACAAAAUGUAUAUAAUCAAAGCUAUAAUAGUGUUAACGAAGUCACUAACAAUGGAACUGAAGGAGGUGCCCCAGUUCAUGUCCCAAAAACUCCAAAUAUUGCGAGCGAGUCAGAUGAUGCAACUAGUUCUACAUCUAAUAAUAAUUUACAUGCCAACUCUACUUUAGCAGAUGAUGUGAUUAACAAUGAAUGUGAUAAACGUGUUUUGGAUUUGCCGGCUGAAGGCAAUGAGGGUCGCACUAUGGUGAAUGUAUUAAAACGUAUGAGUAAUUUGAUGGCCACAAAAAACAGCGAUUUACGAAACUAUAAAGACACUGAGUUGCAUCGUUUUUGGAUGCCUGAUUCCAAAGCAAAAGAAUGUUAUGAUUGUGGCCAGAAGUUUUCUACUUUUCGACGAAAGCAUCAUUGCCGUCUAUGCGGACAGAUAUUUUGUUCCAAGUGUUGCAAUCAAGUUGUACCGGGAAAAAUUAUCAAAUGUGCUGGUGACCUUAAAGUUUGCAAUUAUUGUUCGAAAAUAGUACUUAGCUAUUUAAAAUCUCCAGAUAUUGCUGUUGAUUUGCAUGCAGAUUUACAGGCUUUGCAACAAGAUCUUACUCAGAAAUUAGAAGAGAAGAAUGAAAAUAGUAAGGUAGACUCUAUUCCCGCACGUGCAAAUUUAAACCGGAAAAUAUCGGUUGGUUAUCAAGAAGAACGCUUCGCCACGCACAUAGGCAACAGCUUAUCUGUUGAUGAUCGAAAGAACAUUCUACAACAGUCGAAUUCUUUAAUAACACUGCAUGAAGAAAUGCGGAGUCAAAUGCCGAUACAGAAUUGUGGCACAAAUUUGAUAGAAUAUUUGAUUUUGCAUAAUAAAUCAUCAAAUAAGGUACAAGCUAUUGCGAUUUUAAACGCAAUGUUAGCUGCUGGCUUUCUUCAACCAAUAGUACCGGAUUCCGACCAAAAUGAGUUCGAUGAAACUCUGCAUUACAAAUUUGUAGAUUUACUUAGAAAAGAUAUUGGGUUAACUCGAUUUACAGAGUCUACUUUGAAACCUGCUGCUACAAGUCCCCAGCUUGAUGAAAGUGGUGAACCUCAACCACCAAAAGUAAUAGAGUCAUCUUACAGCUUCCAUUCCAUGAAAGAAAUGGAAUUAGAAUAUUCAACGCGUUCUACAACAACAACAUCAAAACUGUUGGAAUCUUACUGUGAUUACGAAGAUCAGUUACUAACUCAGAUGCUGCGCACCUUUAGUUUAGAUUUACGUUGGUCGAAAGUUUUAAUGUCACUCUGUUGUCGUGCAGCCAAUCACUUCAAACCGGAAUAUUGCACCAAUGACUUAAUGGAUAUACGUAAUUAUGUGAAUAUAAAAAAGAUACCGGGAGGUAAACGGAAUGAGUGUACUAUUGUAGGAGGAGUUGUUUUUUCGAAAAAUGUCGCUCAUAAAGAUAUGGCUACGCGGGUUGAGCAUCCCAAUAUUCUCCUUUUACAGUGUCCUAUUGUCUAUGAACGUAUUGAAGGGAAGUUUGUUAGUAUUGCGACAGUAUUAUUGCAAGAAAAAGAAUAUUUGCGACGAGUUUGCGAUCGUAUUAUGAGUUUCAAGCCAAAUGUGGUGCUGGUACAUAAGAAUGUUGCUGGCAUUGCUCAAGACAUACUACGAUCGCACGGCAUUACUUUGGUUCUAGACGUAAAACUUUCAGUGAUGGAGCGUAUAUCACGUACAUUUCAGUGCGACAUCGUGACAUCUAUUGAGUCAAAUAUAGCCCGACCACGCCUUGCCACUUGUGAUGCUUUCUACAUACGGAAUUUUAGUGAUGGCAGAGGUUGCAACAAGUCACUGAUGUUUUUUGAAAAACUUAACAAUCCACGCGGUUUCACUUGUUUAUUGCGAGGAGGCUCUAAUAAAGAGUUGUCCAAUGUUAAAAAAGUUGCUUCGUUUUUAAUUUAUGCGCGUUACAACUGGCGUUUGGAAAUGUCCUUCCUUUUGGAUGAAUUUGCCGAUCCACUUCUACCAAAGCCGUCGAUAUUUAACUCCAAAGAACCAAGUCCUGAUGAUUUGUCGUCUGAUGAUGAAGAGCCAAUUUUGAGGCAGAAUACUGGAAUAGAUCGUAAAAUUGAAGAAAAAAUUCAGUUUCAGCGCAAAGAAGUUAUUUCAAUCUCAAAAGAUGUUGCUGAAUUUACAGAUCCGCUUCGUUCAACCGAGGUCCCAACUAGUAAAAUGUCCGGUAAUAGACCAGUUAUAGAAUUGGCUGUAGAAACUCGCUAUGAUAAUCGCUUUCGCACUGCGCUCAGUUCCACUUUGUUGUCCGUCAGUCCGUUUCUCAAUUUUCCUUUGCCAUAUCUGGAGACAGAACAAGGUCGUAAAUGCGCAUUGCGCAAACUUUUUCCAGCGGAAUUGUAUUACUCAAAAUUAUGGUCCGAUGUAAAUUUUCCACAUUUAGAACGGCAUGAAAGUUUAGAACACACAAAAAAUAGUACAAACGAAAAGCUGCUAAAACCUCCACAUCCUUUUUUGAAGCUUAAAAUUACAUCGCCUUGGGAUAAUCGUGAUAUACAAAACUUAUUGGCAGAAUUUCGUGCGUUUGGUGGGCGAUAUCCGAAGAAAAAAAAUUUGUUUAGGCGAGCUAGCCAAACUCUUCCUCAAAAAGCAGCUGAAGAAAAUUUGUUUAAGGACGCGCUGGAUUUGGAAAACCAUCAACGACUACCAGUUCUGUUUUGUAGUUUUUAUUUCAAUCCGAAUUCUGCAUCCUCUUUUUGUGCACCACCCACUUUGUUGGAUAUGAAAUUUUAUGGCCAGCAUGACAUUAUGCUUGGGCAAUUCUUGCAACGGUACUGUUGUCGUUUGAAUUCUAUAUGCAAACUUUGCAAUUUACCCAUGCUAGGACAUGUGCGGCGCUUUGUGCAUUCCAUGGGAUGUGUUCAAGUGUUUCUAAGCGAGGAUAACAUGAAAACCGAUCCGAAUCGUAUUUAUUUUACAGCUUGGUGCACAAUUUGUAACGAGAUGACACCUAGUGUACCUCUUUCCGAAAACACAAAAUCCCUUUCUUUUGCUAAAUAUCUGGAGCUCCGCUUCCAUGGACAUGCUUAUAAAAAGCGGUCUGACAUCGGUAGAAGUUCUCCGACGGUAGCUCCAAACUGUGAGGAAUUCAAGCAAUGCCAACAUUCUCUUCAUCGUGAUUAUGUGCAUUAUUUUACAUUUCGAGGUGUUGGAGCGAAAUUUCAAUACACCCCUAUCGAAGUAUGGGAUAUUGGCUUGCCCCCGUUAGUACUCGAAUUAAAAGCCCCAAGAGUGGUAGAUCACUUCAAAUAUAUGGAAGAGAUGAAGAAUUUUUCUAUGAAGGGCCAUGAAGUGUAUACCAGCAUACAUGAACGCAUUGCUGAUCUUGCUACCGAAGACGACACAUUAGCAAUAGUGGUCAAUUUAAAAACCGCAUUAAAUAAAGAUCAAUUUAUUUUCAAACAGCAUAUUGAAAUUGUACAAACGUUGCUCACAGAUCCGAAAGUCAGUUUGUACGAUGUAAGUGAUGCACUGCUUAUGUCCAAACGCGUACUUGCGGAAAGCAUUGAUUUGUGGGGACCUAGGGUGCAAGAUAUUGCAUUGGCACAAAAGGCGGCUGUAAAACAGCAAUUGGCUCAACCUUCUCAGAUCAAUGCUGAUUCUGGUACUAUUUGUACUGAAGAUAUUCGAUCGGAAUAUAGUGAAGCUUCGCCGGUAUUGCCAGAAAUAUCUUCAACACAUGAUGAUACCCAUUCCCAGAUAGAUGGUAAAUCUAAUGAGUUUGAAAAUGAUUCAGUAAGUCAUUUAAAUUGUAUGACGGAAAAGAAGUAUUCAAUGGAGCAACUUCUUUCGAAUUCCACGGGGACUGAUAAAAAAUCCAUAAAGAAAAUACUUACGCAACUGUUGCCUUCCGCUGGACCAUCAAACUUGCUUCAUACUCCUUUUUCAGCACAAGAACACUACACACUUCCUUUGGGGGCAUUUCCGGUACUUGUACACGAUCAAGACUUAAGUUCACUUAUUGCUUACAGCCUGACAUCAAGUGAGUACCAGCGUUUAGUGGCCAACUUAGCUGACUGUAAUUUCGUGGGAAGCAGCAGCAGUGGUGGCAGUGUAGUAGGACAAUCGGCUAAUGCAGAAAAUUCAAAUAAUACCAAUGCUACCAACCACUCUAGUCCACAUUUAAAAAGAAAAUCGCAAGAAAGCUCACAAGAAGGAGAGGAAAAUGAUAAAAUUUCAAAUGUAAACACGAGCGUUGAAGAAGAACGAACUAAAUCAAGAGCAAGUACUUCACAUGUAGAGUUAUCAUUCCAUGAUAAUGGAAAACAUUUUACAUGUAAAAUUUACUUUGCAAAAGAGUUUGAUUUGAUGCGCGCCAAAAUGCUAAAACCUCCAAAAACGGAAAAAUCAUUGUACAAAGAGCUUGAAAAAAGCAAAAAAUGUGAAGAACUAAAGGUAUGUCAAAGCCGCAGCGGCCCUGAGAUGGAGUUGGUAUGCAAAAUCAGUGAUGGGAGUGCUCCGACGCAAUCAGACACGAAUAAAUCGAGCAGGAAUACUUUGCAGUUGGAAAUUGAGAAAAGUCGCAAUUAUCUGGCGCGGUCCUUAUGCAGCAGUGAGCAGUGGGAAGCUAGAGGAGGCAAAUCUGGCUCGAGAUUUUGCAAAACCUUAGAUGAUCGUUUUGUUUUAAAGGAGAUGUCGAAAAGUGAUAUUAACAUAUUUGAAAACUUCGCACCUAACUACUUCGACUAUAUUAGUAAAUGUCAACAGCAAAAUCAACCAACUUUGUUAGCGAAAAUUUUUGGAGUUUUCAAGGUUAUCAUAAAAAGAAAAGAUUCAUUGGUGGAAAAAUCACUACUUGUUAUGGAAAAUCUUUUCUACGAUUGUGAUAUAAAAAAUAAAUUUGAUUUAAAAGGAUCUGAACGCAACCGUUUAGUGGAUCCAACAGAUCAGCAGGGUGAAAUAGUACUCUUGGAUGAAAAUUUGGUUCAAAUGUCUUGGUCGAAACCCUUAUACAUAUUGUCGCACAGUAAAUCAGUUCUUAAAGAUGCAAUUAAUCGUGACUCUACUUUUUUGGAAAAAAAUCAAGUUAUGGACUAUUCACUUCUCGUAGGCUUAGAUCACGAAAACAAGAUGUUGGUAUUAGGCAUAAUUGACUAUAUACGCACAUUUACUUUCGAUAAAAAGGUUGAGUCCUUUGUUAAGCAAACUGGGAUACUAGGAGGCAUGGGCAAAUUACCAACUGUUAUAUCGCCUGAGCGCUAUAAGCAACGUUUUAUUGAUGCAAUGGACCGUUAUUUUUAUACAGUACCAGAUCGUUGGGAAGGUUUAUCGAAAACUUGAUAUUUUUUAUGUCAAAUCAUAUAAUUUGGUCUACCUAUUGGUGAUAUGAAGCAAAAAAAAAUAAAAACAUUACUAACCCGUUGCAGUCUUUAUAAAUAAGAAACUUUAUAAACUGUAAUGCCUACUAGUUUCAAACUGUAUUGUAAUACCUAUGUUAGCACUGUAGUUCAAUAUAUUGUAUAUACAUACUUAACAUUGUCAUUUAGCUACACCUUGUAUUGUUUUACAAAUAUUCCCAAUAUUUCGGGGAGACAAAAAUUAAUAAGCUAAACAUUUGCAACAGCUAACCAAAUAAAAUUAUUAAUCAAAAUCUA